AUGGAUGCUAAUGUAGCUUUUGCUGAAGCAUUGGCCAUGAAAGCAAACCAUAGUGGGGGUUCCAUCUUCUUGGACCCAGAGGAGGAGUUGGCUUGUAGAGGAGUUUUCAUCCAAGACCAUCCUGAGCUUGCAAACUGCUCCUUUUACGAGUUUAGCAAAGCUGGAGCUGGUAUCUGCUACAACGAGACCGUUGACGACAUCAACAAGAAGCUUGGAAAAGACUUGAAUAAUUUACAAACAAUCUGUGAUGGUACACUUAAAGACAUGGAUAGUAUGAGCAACAGCCAGGCCUGUAGAGACUGUCAUGGAAAAUUCAAUAAUGAAACCGGGGUUUUGAAUAAAGAAUUGAGUGGUAGAACAGAUGUGCCAGGGAAUGUACAAGAUUGUGGACUGGCCCUUUUCAUUGUAAUGGGUGCUUCUCGCAUAUAUGAUAAUGAAUGGAUUCAAUCCUUGAACAGCUGCUUGGUAUAUGAACAACUGGAUAAUGAAGUGGUAGCAGCUACAGUUGGAGCCGUUGCCAUUUUACUUGCUUUGAUGGUUUUGGUGAAAAAAAUUAAAGAAAAGAAAAAAGGUGUAGGUAAAACCAAAGCACUUGGUGCAGAUGGAUCUCCUGUGGUUAGAUUUUCAACUGAAGAGAUUUUGGAAGCAAUAAACAAUACCGCUCCUUGGGCUUUCCUAGGAGAAGGAAGUACUGGUAAAGUGUACAAGGGAAGGCUACCUAGUGGCCAGUUUGUAGCCAUUAAACACAUUUCCAAAGAUGUUGUACAAGCUGACGCAUUUGAAACGAAGAUUAAGACCAUCUUGAAAAUUAGGCAUAAAAACCUGGUAUCUCUACUUGGCUACUGUGAUGAGGAUGGUGAGAAAUACUUUGUUUAUGAGUAUUGUGCCAAUGGAAAUCUAUCUCAGAUGCUUCUAGGCCUAGAGGAUAAAGUGUUAACAUGGGAGCAAAGAUUGAAAAUUGCAUAUGGCUGUGUUAUUGGCUUGCGUUUCCUUCAUCUCUAUCCAGAUGGAUGCAUAGUUCAUCGUGAUAUAAAGCCAAAUAAUAUCCUCCUCACAGAAUCCAUGGAAGCAAAGCUUGCAGAUUUUGGGUUGAUCAGGAUAUUUAAGAUUCAGGAAACAAAAGUUUUUACUACUGUGAAGGGCACUAGGGGAUAUUUGGAUCCUGAAUAUGUUAGUCAGGGAAGACUAACAUGCUCUAGUGAUAUUUACAGCUUUGGUGUAGUUUUGCUCCAACUUCUUUCUGGCAAGGGAGCAAUUGAUCUUGACCAAUCUUAUCCAGAUUUCCUUGUAAAGGCACAUGAGGUUGUCCACACAAAUCCCAUCGAUCCUUCAAAAUAUGCAGAUCCAAGGUUGAAUGGGGAAUAUAGCAGGGAAGCAUUUAUAGUUUUACUGAAGUUGGCUGUUAUUUGCACAGCUUCCUCAUAUCAAGGACGCCCAAGUGUCUUGGAGGUAUAUGGAGAUAUCCAGAAUGCUUUGACGCUUUCUAGUUCCUUAUCUUUGUAG